UUUUCAGGUUGUUUUAUAGUCAUGUUCUUUAAGAGUUGUUUAAUGAUAAGACAGACAUCACCUCUGAUAAGGUUUCAAGGCAAAUCUUAUUCAACUUUUCGUCGUGGAGUUCAAUUUUUUUUUAAGAAAAAUUUGUUGUUUACUAAUAGUAUUACCUCCGGAGGGUUUAUGGCCAUUGGUGACUUAGUCCAACAAGAAAUUGAAUAUCGGUCCAGUAUUCUUACAGAGAGAUAUAAUUGGGGACGUAUGGCAAGGAUGUUUACUGUUGGCACCUUAAUGGGACCAUUACAUCAUUUUUAUUAUAUUUAUUUGGAUAAAGUCUUACCUAAGGCGGAUAUUAAAACAGUCUUCAAGAAAAUACUCUGUGAUCAAUUCUUUGCAUCACCAGCAACCAUAAUUUGCUUUUUUUAUGGAAUGGGUUGGUUAGAAAAGAAAUCUAUAGAACAGAGUACAACAGAAAUUGUAAAUAAAAUUAAAUAUGUAUAUAUGGGAGAUUGCUUAUUCUGGCCUCCAGUACAGUUUGUCAAUUUCUAUUAUUUACCUACACAAUACAGAGUAUUUUACAUUAAUAUAGCAACAAUGGUGUUCAAUAUAUUUUUGUCUUAUAUGAAACAUUAUGAUCAACAUUGACUUAGAAGAUCUGUGCCACUGGAAUUAUUUUAAUGUAAAUAUUGAUUACAGUUUAAAAUGGAUUUGAAAAGGC